AUGGCUGCGGAGCGUGACACGCCUGGUCACGUGGGAGGCGCGCUCGCGCCGCCCCCCCCCGCCGCCCCCCGGCAGCCGCGCGCGCCCCCGGGGCCUCCGAGUGUUGUGGCUCGGUGCGGAGCGUCCCGCCGCCGGGCUUAAAGGGACACGCGCCCCCUCCCGCGCCCCGGCAGCCCCGGCCCGCCCGCGCCCGCCCCGGCCCCGGCCCGCCAGCCGCGGCUCCGCCGCCCCGUGCCGCGGAAAACAAAGAGGCACCGGAAACAGCGGCGGCGGGGAGGGGGCCGGCCCGGCGGGGGGCGGGGGGCGGGAGGCAGCGAGCGCUGGCGGCGGGCGGGGGGGCAGGCCCGGGCCCGGCGUCGGCGAACAAAGAGCGGCGGGAGGGGGCGGGGGCGCUGCAGCGGCACCGGAGCGGCGGCCCAGGCCGUCGGUGCAGGAUCCAAGGUGCCGGUGUCUCGCCCCGCCUGGAGCCUGAGGUCCCGCGUGCCCAUCCGCCUCCCGCCGUCACCAAUGCGACCAUGGGAACUGGCAGUGAAUAGGCGGCCGCCCUCUGCUCCCUUCAGCCAGCGCCGUUUCUCGGGGGGACCCUGCAGCAGCCCCGACCACGUCCGGCAAAGCCCCCCUGCCAGGCGCCAGUGGGGACGACGUGACCGGCCUCUGGCAGCCGUGCUGGGGCAGGAUGAGCCCCAGCUGCACCCUGCCUUCCCCCAGCAGCCGCACGGCCCUGUAGAUGAGCCCCGCGCCUACGCUCUCCCCAGCACGCCGCCACGAAUGCUUCACCCAGCCGCUCACCCGCCCCACCAGAACCCAUUCAUGGUGGAUCUGCAUGACCAGGUGCACCAGGGACCUGUCCCUCUCUCCUACACGGUUACCACCGUCACGACGCAAGGCUUCCCCCUCCACGCCGGCCAGCACAUCCCUGGGUGCAGCACCCAGCAGCUCCCAGCAUGCUCAGUGAUGUUCAGUGGACAGCACUACCCGCUCUGCUGCCUCCCGCCCCCGCUGAUCCAGGCAUGCGCCAUGCAACAGCUCCCCGUCUCCUACCAGACGUUUCCCCCCAUCAUCUCCAGCGACCAUUACAUCCUGCACCCCACUCCGCCGCCGGUGCCCCCCCACCAGCCGCCCCACAUGGCCCCCCUGGGGCAGUUUGUACCUCUCCAAGCCCAGCACCCGCGCAUGCCUCUGCAGAGGAUAGACAAUGACGUAGACCUGCGAGGGGAGCAGCACCCCAUCGCGGGCUUCACGUACCCCCCGUCCCACCACGCUCCCGCGCUGUCCCCCUCUGUGCCGCUGCAUUACCUCCCCCACGACCCGCUGCACCAGGAGCUGCCCUUUGGCGUGCCAUACCCCCACAUGAUGCCCCGGCGGCUGAACACGCAGCGGUACCGGCUGCAGCAGGCGCUGCCCCCGCCGCCGCCCCCGCCGCCCCCCUACUACCCGAGCUUCCUGCCCUAUUUUCUCUCUAUGCUUCCUGUGUCGCCGACGGCCGUGGGGCCCACGAUCAGCCUUGACCUGGACGUGGAUGAUGUGGAGAUGGAGAAUUACGAGGCGCUGCUGAACCUGGCCGAGCGGCUGGGGGAGGCCAAGCCGCGGGGACUCACCAAAGCAGACAUCGAGCACCUCCCGUCCUACCGCUUCAACCCUGAGAGCCACCAGUCUGAGCAGACCCUGUGCGUCGUGUGCUUCAGCGACUUCGAGGCCCGGCAGCUUCUCCGUGUCCUGCCCUGCAACCACGAGUUCCACGCCAAGUGUGUCGACAAAUGGUUAAAGGCGAACCGCACGUGCCCCAUCUGCCGGGCGGAUGCGUCGGAGGUGCAGCGGGAGGUGGACUGAGGCCGGCGGGCGCUGUGCCGCACAAUUCGCUGGAGGACGAGGAGGCCGGGCCAGGGGCGGGGGCCGCUGCCCGCUGCCAGGGCCUGGCCCUGCGCUUACCCCCCUUCCCCAAAGCCUCUCCUCGGAUGUGGUGAGCAUUGAGCAGUCCGGGCUCCCGGCCAGCCCUCCUCCUCCCCACCGGGCCACGGACUCGGCCGGACCCCUGCCCGCUGCGCUCCCAGGGCCCUGGAUCAUGUUGUGCUGGAGGCAGGAGGCGGGUGGCCGUGCCCUCUGCGCUCCAAAGACGCUGUUGUUGCUCCAUCACUUUCCAGAUCUUUGUACUCUGCUAGGGGAUUAGUGUUCUGUUCCCUUUGUCACUUUUUUUUUCAUGGUAGGGGUUGUUGUUGGGUUUUUUAUCCCAUUUCCUUUCCCAUCACGUUUUGUUUCCGUGGCCGUGUUGCCCUGAGGCUUGCAGGUGGCUCCUCCCCUGUGAGAAGGACGCAGGGAGGAGAGAGGAGGGAGCCCCGGGGGCAGCUGGAGGAGGAGCAGGAGGGAGGUGGCCGGCGGAGCGUGGCCAAGGUGGGACACACCAGCAGCCAGGUGGCAGGGCCGGGAAAGGAACAGCUCCGUCCCGGCUCCUGCACGUGGCGCGGUGCGGCCCCUCUCCUGCCUCGGCUGCCCUGGGGACCCCCGCAGGGUGAUGGCUGCUGAGGCGGGGCUUUUGCUAUGGGGAGGACGGUGCUGGCACGGCCCCAGCCCCUCUCCCUGUUCCUUCCUCCGUGUCCAGUGGGCACAGCUCCCAGGGCAGGGCCAUGUGUUGAUCUUGUGGGGCAGCCAGGCUGGUGCUGGGGGACAACCUCUUCCCCCUGCCCCCAGGUGUGCAGCGUCCCCCACGUGCCGCCCAGCUCCCGCUGGUGUUGUCCCAGCGCCAUAACUCCGAAUAGCCCUGUGCCCGUGUCCUGCUGGCUGGACGGCUCGGUGCGGUGCCCCCGGCCCGUGGGCGGCAGGGGGCCGGCGGGAGCUGCAGCAGGUGCCCCCCGGAGCAGGGGUGCCCCGGUGGUGUAUUUUCAGUGCUACCCCCAGCCCCGUCCCGGCUGGUGCAGGGGGGAGCUGUGAGCAGCCCCCCCGCCCCCGAACCCACCCCCAGCCCGCGGGGCCGGGCGCUGGGCGAGAAGCCGCCGCGGCCGCCCGGCUGCAGCCAUGCCCGUGGCCGUUGUUUUUGCAUGAUUAAUUACCGAGGAGGGUGAGGGGGUGGCGGUGGCGGGAGGCCCGUCCUGCCCUCGCGGCGCGUUGCUGACGCCUGGGAGCCUCGGAGCGGACGCCAGCCCUAUGUAAAUGUUCACAAAUAUGCAUGCAUGUCUGACCAGCUUGGAACGUGGUCUUGGCUACGUCUAGCCGGCUGUGGGGUGAGGGGGGUGGGGAGAGGGGUUUUUGUGCUCAGCUGAUACUGCCAUGCACUGUACUGCACAUGUCCGCAACGCCACAGCAGGACCGUGAGACUUUCAGGGCCGUCCCGCGGGGCCCACGUCCCUCGGAGCGGCGGCGGCGGGGUGGGGACAGGGAGCGCCCGCGGCGUGUGCAAGGGGACGGGGGGCGCGUGGGGGGUGGGGGCCGCUCCCCGCGGGGCGGGGGGCAGGCGGCGGGGCUGGCCCCCGGCAGCGGGGCCGGCUGCGAGGCGAGGGGCCGCCUUCCCUUUUCCCGCCCUCCCUGCCAAGCGUCGAGGCCCGAGGGCGCCGGCCCGGUGCCACCAGCUCCGCCGCGGGCGCUGGCACCGCUGGCCUCGGUGCCCCCUGGGCAGGACCCCGGCCCCCUCCCCGUCCCUCGCUCAGUGACAGAUAACCAAAGGAGUCCCCGUGCCGCGCGGUGGCCUCGCGCCCCCUCCCCACCGGAGACACCCCCCGCCCCGUCCCCCUCCAUCCCCCGUCCCCAUCUCCCCUCCCGCCCUCGCGGUGCCCAGGGAGCCAGGAAAGCCUUACGGUCCUUUGACGGCGACUCGAAAGCUCACAGCUCGUGUGCUGCAGAAUUUAUUCCAAUGAGCAGCUACAAAAAAAAAAAAAGUAUCAUUUAAAAAAACAAUACAAAAAAAAAACAACAAAAAAGAUAAAAAGUACAAAAAAAAUACUAAAAACCAAUUAUUUAGGGUGUUUGUGAUUGCUGACUGCGCUGUAGAUACCACUGUUUACCAAUGAUUUCCUGUGGUGGGAUAGUGGACUGUUUACUGUUCUAUUAUACCAGUCCCCGGGCCCUCCGGCGGGGCCCCUGCGGCCCCCGGCAGGUGCCAGGACGUGUGUUCUGUGUUAGAAAGUUUUUAUAUAUAUAUAUAUAUAUAUAAAUAUAUAUAUAUAAUUUUUUUUGCUCUGUUACUUGCACAUUUUACAGUUACCUCAUUUUUCCCAUGUAUGUAUUUGAAAAAAAAAAAAAAGGCUAAUAUAUAGAAAAAAAGAAAAAGGUUCUUAAAAAGCUCUAAAAAAGUGUUUGGGUUUUUUUUCUGUUUUGUUUUUUUUUCCAUUCCAUUGGAAUCAUAUUGGUUUUGUAGCAUUUAACAUAACUAGUAUGUUGUAUUAUAUAUAUGUGUAUUAUACUGAUUGAAAUUUUUAACAGAUUUGUACUUUUUUUAAAAUGAAAGUUGCUAGUUCUGCUUGACCAAGUAGUGCAAUCAUUAUUUUUUUUAAUGUUGUGGCUGAUUUUGAGAGGGAUAUUCACUAAUAAAUGUAUGAUGUAUACCAA